GCGCGCGGGGCCGACCGGGGCUGCGCAGGAGCGGGGCGGCAGCGAGGGAGCGGCCUCAGCGCUGCGCAGCUCCCGCCUCCCCGGCUCUCUCCUCGCUCUCUCUCUCCCCGCUCUCUCUCUCCCGUGCCUCUGUAUUCCUGCUCGCUCCCCUGCCUGAGCGGCGCUCACGUAGGUGUCCCCCGAGCGCGUCGUGCGCGCUGCCUUUGGAGUACCGGGGCUGGCGUUGAGCUGCCAGAGUUUGGUCAUGCCGCUCUGAGACGUGUGUUCGCCCCACAUCAGUGCCGUGUCUGCCCGCUUUACUCCUCGGGGAGAUUGGAAAAGAGGUAUCGUAUUUCAUUAUGGACCGUUUUGAAGACAUAUCAGAUGGUGAAGUGGAUCAUGCCUUCUUUGACAGUGACUUUGAGGAAGAGAAAAAGAAAGCUGAAGAAAAUGGUGAAGAUAUAGAGAAAGGAAGUACAAAGGCAGCUCUUGCAGACACUGAUUUAGUUUCUAAUUCAAAGGAUGAAAAGUGUGAGGAGGAAAGUGAAGAAAAACAGAUAGAUUUGCAAAAGGAUCAGUCCCUAGAAAAUAGCAAAGAUCCUAUUGAAGAUGCUUCAUUUUUGACACUUUCUCCAGUUGCAGAGAAAGCAGGUACAUCUGGAGCAACACCUGCAGCAAACACAGGAACAGAGGAGAUUGUUCCUGCUGGAAUUCCUAAAAUAGUUAAAGAAGGUGAAGAAGAUUACUAUACAGAUGAAGAAGAUAGCAGUGAUGAUGGCAAAAAACAGAAGGUUAGACUGAAGUCAGCUAAGCAACCAAACAACAUGAAAAAGGCUAGCAAAAAAUAUGCUAUCAGCUCCUCCUCCUCUUCUUCCUCUACCUCGUCCUCCUCCUCAUCAUCCUCAAGUUCAGAUACAGAUUGUUCUGACACAGAUUCUGAUAGCUGUUUAUCAGAUUCAUCUCAUUCUUCCUCAAAAAGGAAUGCUUGUAGAAAUGCUCUUUUGUCUCCAAAACAAAAAUUCAAGUCAGUGAUGAAAUUAGCAGAAGGAAAACCAAAAUUUGGUGAAGACCUGGAGGAAUCUGAAGACACAGUGACUGAUGUAACACCUCUGUCAACUCCAGACAUCAGUCCUAUCCAGUCUUUUGAAUUUAUAGCAUCAAAUGAUAAGAAACUAAAAGUAAAGAGACAGGAAAAUGUGAACCAAGAAUUAUAUGAUUCCGAGUUUGAUUGCAGAUAUAGUCGAAAAGUCUUGCAUGAUGCCAUGGACCUGAAUCAGCUUCUGAAAGCUUUCUUACAGUUGGAUAAAAAAGAACAAAAUCUAAGCAUCGAUCAGCCAUCUAAAGGAAUAAGGAAAAAUUACUCGUUCACGAAUGAAGAAGUAAGACAGAUUGAUCGGGAAAACCAGAGGUUGCUAAAAGAACUGUCCAGACAGUCUGCAAGGCCAAAGAGAAGCAGCACAUUGAAGACAUCUGUACCACCGCAUAGAUUGUACCACAGUGCCCUCAACAGGCAAAAAGAGCAGCAAAGAAUUGAAAGAGAAAACCUGGUAAGUUUUGAGUGUGGACGUGGAUCAGUAAAUUGAGAGGGACUAUCUCUUGUCAGAUGAGCUGUUGCUAAAUACUUAGAAAUUUAAUGAGGCAGCACAUGGA